AUUCGUAAGCAUUAGCAUCAUUAUUUUGCCUUGCCUCCGUGUAGUGAUAUAUAUAAAAAUUAUUUUAUAAUGUAAAAAAAUUAUUAUUUUUAAUUUUAAUAAUGUUUCUUCUAUCAACCAAGAAGCUGUAGAAGGAUCGAAACCAAACCGCUUUUCUCAAUUGCUGGACAAUUUUUCGGGAGUCUUAUCGGAGAAACCCCCGAUCCUUUAUUAGGGUUUUUCGGUUUCUUCAUUCAUUUACCGGAGCUUCAUCGUUCAAUGGAGUCUUCUCUGGCUUUUCACGACGGCAAUAUCUACGAUUUUCUUCAGUCUCGGUACCUCGACGUUCGACCUGAUGUUAAUUCCAGUUUGCAUAUGCAUUCAUCAUUGGUACGGAGACUUUCUCAAGAAAAAGAAUUAGAGGGGCACCAAGGUUGUGUUAAUGCAAUUGCUUGGAAUUCCACAGGAACACUUAUGAUAUCUGGAUCAGAUGACACACGGAUUAAUAUUUGGAGCUACUCUGGCAGAAGCCUUCUGCAUUCUAUAGAGACUGGGCAUUGUGCAAACAUAUUUUGCACAAAAUUCAUACCAGAAACUUCUGAUGAGCUUGUAGUCUCUGGAGCUGGAGAUGCAGAAGUUCGGCUGUUUAAUUUAUCUCGUUUAAAUGGGAGAGGAGAGGAGGACAAUGCUAUUACUCCAUCAGCUAUGUAUCAAUGUCACACUAGAAGAGUAAAAAAAUUAGCUGUUGAAAUUGGAAACCCUAAUAUGGUAUGGAGUGCAAGUGAAGAUGGCACUUUGAGGCAGCAUGACUUUCGAGAGGGCACUUCUUGUCCUCCUGCUGGAUCUUCCCACCAAGAAUGUCGCAAUGUUUUGCUUGACUUGCGGAGUGGAGCAAAGAGGUCACUAGCUGAUCCUCCCAGACAAACCCUUGCUUUAAAAUCUUGUGAUAUCAGUACUACUAGACCUCACUUGCUCCUUGUUGGUGGGAGUGAUGCGUUUGCACGUUUAUAUGAUAGAAGGAUGCUGCCACCAUUGACAUCCAGUCAGAAAAGGAUGUCACCUCCUCCCUGUGUUAACUAUUUUUGUCCAAUGCAUCUUUCUGACCGUGGACGCUCAAGCUUACAUCUAACUCAUGUUGCAUUUAGUCCAGACGGGGAUGAGGUCCUCCUAAGUUAUAGUGGGGAGCAUGUCUAUUUGAUGGAUGUAAAUUGUGCUGGUGGGAGUGCUAUGCAUUAUACUUCAGGAGAUGUUUCCCAGCUUAUGAGCUUCUCUCCUGUACUCGGUGGAGCAGAACUACAUAAACCAACGUCCGAUGUCUUCCCAAAGUAUCUUUCUAAAAGGAGAAAUGCUGCUAGACUUGACAAGUGCAGAAAACUAGUUCAACUAGCUCAAAGAUCCUUAGAGGAGGGGACAAAUUAUUAUUAUGGUAUUGAACUCUGCAAUGAAGUUUUGGAUGGUUAUGGUCAUGAUAUUGGGCUUGCGCUGAAGCAUGAAUGUCUCUGCACUCGUGCUGGAUUAUUGCUCAAGCGGAAGUGGAAAAAUGAUGCUAACAUGGCUGUUAGAGACUGCUAUAAUGCUCGAAGAAUUGAUAGCUCAUCUUUUAGGGCACAUAACUACAUGUCUGAAGCUUUAUCACAGUUGGGCAAACAUAAAGAAGCACUCGAUUUUGCCCGUGCUGCUCAGUGUUUGGCCCCCUCCAGUUCUGAAGUAGCAGAAAGAGUGGAGAGUAUAAAGAAAGAUCUUGCUGAAGCUGAAGCAGAAAGAAAUAAUAAGGGAAAUGAUGGAGCACCUAGGUCUGAACCUCGAGGGGGAAGAGUUCUAUCAUUGAGUGACAUACUUUACCGAGCUGAGGCCAAUAGUGAUGCUUCGCAAGAUGGUCCUAGAUCUGAAAGAGAAGAUUCUGAUUACGAUGAGGAAUUGGAGUUGGAUUUUGAAACGUCAAUCUCGGGUGAUGAAGAUCAUGAUGCUGAACCCAACGUUUUGCAUGGAAGUUUAAAUCUGAGAAUUCAUAGAAAAAGUGAUUCAGCUAGAGAAAAUGGAGGGGCAAAUGGCUUGUGUGGAUCACCUUCAUCGUCAUCUCAUAAUGAAAGACAUCAGCCUGAGGCAGUUAUUGACAUGAAACAAAGAUAUCUUGGCCACUGUAAUGUUGGAACUGACAUAAAGCAAGCUAGUUUUCUUGGUCAAAGAGGUGAAUAUGUUGCGAGUGGAAGUGAUGAUGGAAGAUGGUUUAUCUGGGAAAAGCGAACUGGUAGAUUGAUAAAAAUGCUUCAUGGAGAUGAAGCUGUUGUCAACUGUGUGCAGUGCCAUCCUUCUGAUUGUGUUGUGGCAACCAGUGGGAUUGAUAACACAAUAAAGAUUUGGACUCCAAGUGCUUCUGUUCCAUCUAUUGUAGCUGGUGGAGCAGCAGGACCAGAAACUUCGGACUUUCUGGUUGCCAUGGAAGGCAACCAACGCAGAUUAUGCCGCAAUCGUGAAGCUAUCCUGUGCAGGCCCUUUGAAAUUCUGGAGCGGUUUCGGAUGCAUGAGUUCACUGAAGGAAGCUUGCGUCCUUUUGAGUGUGCUCAGAGCUAAUCAGGUUUCUACCAAAGCUUGUUAGGAUACUAAAAAUAGACAGUUUUGACGAAAAGCACAUAUUGGUACUGAAUUUUCCCUUCGCAUCAUUGCAGAUUAGUUAUCAACCAUUGUAAAUGGAUUGGUUGCGGUUUUGAGUUAUGGCAAGGUUGGGGAAAGCUGGUAUAGCAAACUGUUGUUGAUGAUCAUGGAGAAUCUAGUUGCCCGUGUAUAAGCGGUUGGGGCACCCCAAAUAUUAAGUUGAAAAUAAAGAGGUCAUCAUUGCAUAAUUUUGUUCGUUUUUUCUCCUUGAGCAUUUGGCUUGCUGAUAAAUUUAUUGAAAACAAUACUGUAUAGCAGAGAGGAAGCUCACUAGAGCCUGCUUGAGCUUCCUAUUGGUACCUUUUUUUUUUUUUUUUUUUUUUUUGGGCGGGGUAAUAUUAUAGUGCACUUUUUUGCUCAGUUUGUACAGAAUAAGGGAUCUAGAAACGCUGGUAUAAAUCUUUAUAUAGUUCGCUUGUAACGGGCAUGAUUGCCCCCACUUUCCUCCUCGUUAUUUGACCAAACAGAGUUUCCUUUUUGGCUAUCAACUGUUUUGGUUGUGUUUUGAUGUUAUAGUAAUGGAAAUGGCUUGUGAGGAAUAAAAUUGAUGAAUUUGGAGAUCUCUAA